AUGAUGGACUCUGAGGACCUCCAGCCCGCUGUUCUUAGUGUGGCUUGGGUCUUUGCCAGUCUUUCCCUGGCUGUGGUGGUUGCCCGACUCUGGAUCCGUACACAAGUGGUCCGGCAAGUGAGAAUAGACGACUAUCUCAUCAUAUUCACAAUGGUGAGUGCGCUCCUGCCUUCAUUCGCCUUUGGCUUGAUGCUCAGUCUAGGAAACAGCGCGUUCCUAAGCGUCUCUGCCCGAUAUGCUCUUGGAAAGCACAUAGAGACGGUCCUAACGAACCCUCUCUACAUCUCCUAUACGCUGAAAUAUGUCUUUCUUUGCGAAUUUUUCGCCAUCAUGUGUCCCUGCUUCGGUCGGAUAUCAUUUGCGCUGAUGCUGCUUUCUCUCCUCCCCCCUAACAAAGUCAGCCGGCGGAUCCUGCAAUUCAUCAUCGCGAUCGCAUUCAUCGUCGACCUCAGCACCGUCAUCAUCAGCUUUACUCAGUGUCGUCCAAUCGAGGCUUUUUGGGAUAUGAGACCGAAUCCCGAUUGCUGGCCAAAGACUGUGCAACAAUAUACUGGAUUCUUUCAGGGCUCUCUGGGGUCCGCCGUUGACCUUACAUUAGCCUGCUUUCCAGCAAGUCUAUUCUGGAAUUUAAAGAUGGCUUGGAAGCAAAAGGCAGCUUUGAGUAGUAUAAUGGGUCUCGGCAUCUUGUAUGCCCUCAUUGAUUCGCAUGAACAUCGGCGUGGUCCUGACUCGUACGAAUAUAGUGCUAUGAUCGCCUCCAUCAUCAAAACGAUCCAGCUACAAGCAAUAACAGCAACAGAAGACAUUACGUGUAUGAUACCUCAUAUCCCAAAGCAUAUUACAGCCUAG